AUAAUUCAACACUAAAUAAUUUUUCACGUUCUAAAUAGGUUAAGAAUAUUAAAAAAUAGGUUUUCUCUCAAAAAAGAAAUGUCUUUUUUAAAGAAUUUGUUUGGAAAUUCUAAGAAAAAAUAGUAGUCGUUUGAUAAAUCCUUUGAAAAAUGCAUAAUGAAAAGUUGUAUUGCAACAGAUUCAUUAGUAAAAAUAUAGGCAGACGAUCUUACUAAAAUCAGAGCCUACAUAGAGGGUAAAAAUGGAUUAUCAAUUGAAGAAGGAUUAAGAUAAUUCUUUUUGAUUAUUGAAAGUGGUAAAUUUUCAAUACCUGCAAGGUUGAAGAUAAUGACGACGUUCCAUAAGUAUAUCAUUGAGUUAGGGGAAUUAUUUGCAUAGGAAUUCCUUUCAUAUAAAUUUUAAAAUUUGUUAGAUCAUGUUCCAAAAAAGCCAAAGUAGAUUUUGUAUCAUAUAAUAGAUGUAGAAGACUGGAUUAAUGAAAAUAUUCUGACAUACUACUUUAAUUAUCUUCUAAGGUUAGCCAAUAACUAUUAAAUCUAUAAAAUAUGCAUUGAAGAAGGAAAGCUCCCUUAAACAGAAGAUGCAAAACUAGAUUAUAAACUGAAAUUUAUGUGGCUCUUUAAGCUUUCAAAUAUAUUUUCUUAUGUGCUGAAGAUGCAAAUAAGUUUUUAGAGAGUUUUCAAGAAUUACCCAACCCACUUUUUUAUAUAGGAUAUAGCAUUGCUUAUUUUGCAUGACUGCGUAAGCUAUUACAAUGUAAUGAGCUAAGAAAUAAACGAGCUUGUACAAACAUACCCACUGUUAACUACAAUAGAUUUAAUUUAAUUUUACUAGCUCUACCAAGAGCUUAUCUCUCUUACUGACUAGAUGAAUCAGUUUUACUCUAUGAAAUAAAAUUUUGAUUAACUCAACUAUAUCAUUGAACCACAAUGGUUCUAUGUUUCAACCAAAGUUCACAAAGAAAUAGAAAACUAUUCUAGAAAAGUAGAACUAUUGCAUGCUUCAGCCAACAAUAUGCGUAGAACUCUAAAGAAUGUAGAUGGUUCUAAUAAUUAAAUUAGAUAGGGAGGAGUAAAUUUCACAGAGACAGGUUAAUAUGAUAAGAAUCGCUCUAAGAGCACUAUUCUUUACUCAAAAUAACCAUCAAAAACUAUUCAAAAUCCACCAGAUAUGAAGCUUUAAUAUGCAUAAUCUCUCCAAGUAAAAAAUGAGUAAUACUAAAAUGAUGAUGAAGAAGACGAAAUAGAAGAAUCAAAUAGAGUUCAGCAGUAAAGCAAUCAGAAUUAGUAGCAUACAAGAAUGAAAACAGAAAAUGUUUUUUCAAAUGCUAAAUAAAAAGAAAAAGAUUAUACAAGGUAUAUGCAAGAUGAAGAACUAAAAGCGAUUAAAUAAUAUGAGGAACUAUUAAAACAAUAGAAAUCUCUCAAUUAUGAUGAAGAUGAAAAUGAACUAUAUUAACAAUAGACAUAGCAAUAGAAUUAAAUUUAAUAAUAGUAGAAUGGAUAAGAUUAAGAAGAAGAGGAAGAAGAAGAUGAAGAUGAAUAGUAAGAAUAAAUUCAAAUAAAUUUAUUUUUAAAUGCUAAUAAUUAAGCUGAGCAACAAUAAUCUUAAAAUAAUUAUAACUAAGAUUAAAUAGAUAAGCAAAAUAGUGAUAUGAUUAUUCAUCAAAUGUAGCAGGCAAUUAAUUCUUAGUCUAGUUCAUUAGGUUAGGAAAUUCUUUUCUCUCCCGGAAAGCCCUAUACUUUUAGAUGUGAUAAUCCACCAUAAUAUUAAUAAGACAAUUAAUAGAAUUUGUAGCAUGAGGAAGAAAAGAAUUCAUAAGCAGAAAAUCAUGAAAAACCCUAAGAUCAUUAAAAAAAUCUAAAUUAAGAAAUUUAAGAGGAAGAUAGUGAAAAAGUAGAUAAUUAAAUUACAAUAAAUUAAUUUGAAAAAGAUUUAGAAGCUUUAGAAGAGGCAGAGAAAUAGGACGAACCUCUCGAAGCAAAUCGUAGUCAACCACCGUAAGAAUAAAAAAGUUAAUUAAAAGACAAAACGAAAAUCACAAAUGAAGAAAAUAAUGAUUAAUAAAUAGCUUUGGAUGUAUCUUUUAGUUGA